AUGUCUUCCCUCGUGCGACGAGCUGCCAUAGUCUUGGCGGCGACAGCGCCUCUGGUGGCUUCGCAGACCUUAACCGUUGACAACACCACCAUAGACGCCAAUGUGUCAACUGUAGCUCCAGCCGCAGAUACAGUUUCGGUCGCCAGCAGCAAUGCCACCGUGCCGUAUUUUCCGGACGAGGCCGUCCAGCUCACGCCGGAUGUGUUGACUAAUCUCACGGCACUGAACCUGACGGGCGUUGACAUGUUCGACUUCGGCAGCACAGAUGACGCCGUUGCCAAGCGAGCAUCAGCUGCUUGCAAAGUCUUCCCUGGAGAUAAGGCAUGGCCGUCUGAUCUGAUAUGGACUGUAUUUGAUCUGCUACUGGGCGGUGCUCUCAUCAAGACCACACCACUCGCGGCUCCCUGCUAUUCGGGAUGGCCCAAGGUCAGGAAUGCUGCUGAGUGCAGUUAUAUCACUAACAACUGGAGCAACAACUCUCAAAUGCAUGCCGAGGAUCCUACCUCAGUCAUGUGGCCGCUUUAUCAGGGACGGACCUGCAUGCCUACAGAUGAUCCCUCCGAUGUCUGCACAUUGGGUGGCUAUCCCUCGUAUGCUGUUGCCGUCACGAAUGUUGCCCAGAUCCAGCUAGCCAUCAACUUUGCUCGCAAUGCAAACCUCCGUUUAGUCGUCAAGAACACUGGCCACGACUUCAAUGGCAAGUCGGCAGGUGCUGGGGCUCUGUCAAUCUGGACCCAUAAGCUCAAGUCGAUCAAAUACCUAAGCUCUUACACCCAAGGAUCUUAUAAAGGUCCUGCAAUGAAACUUGGUACUGGAGUUCAAGCCUUCGAACUCUAUCAAGCUGCCGACCAGUACGGAGUGACCGCUGUUGGUGGCGAAGGACGAACAGUCGGUGUAGCUGGUGGGUACAUGCUUGGUGGUGGUCAUUCGCCACUGUCCAGUAUCUACGGCAUGGCUGCUGAUCAUCUUCUCUCUAUGGAGGUGGUUCUACCAAGCGGCGCCUUUGUUACUGCCAGUGAUACAUCCAACCCGGAUCUCUUUUGGGCUCUACGUGGCGGGGGUGGCAGCACUUUCGGUGUGGUUACCUCUAUCACAGUUAAGGUCUACCCUAAGAUCCCCGUAGCUGUUUCUACGUGGAGCUUCAUGACAGGCGGUGCCGUAACCGCGGACGUGUUCUGGGAAGGUGUUAGGGCCUAUUUCGACUACAUGGUCACUUACACAGACGCGGGAUGCUAUGAGUACUUCCAACUCAUCAAUCUGGGUGGUGACCAGUAUCUCUUCGGCAUGGCUCCAUUCUUCGCGCCGAACCAUACACAAGCUUCCCUCACUGCCCUUCAGACGCCCCUGCUUAAUCGACUUACGGCUCUGGGUAUUGUUGUUUCCCCCGUCUACUACUCUUAUGACAAGUUCUACGAUGCUUGGUGGAACCACUUCCCCCUGGAGAGUGUCGGUGCCACUACCCUGAAAACGGCAUCUCGCUUGUUCCCUAAGUCUAACUGGGCCAAUGCAACAAUUCUUGACACAACCUUUGAUGCUAUCAAGUCAACUGUCCAGGAUGGUGCCACGAUGCUGGCAUUCAAUAUCGCCGCAGCGCCCAAAUCUGGGUAUCCCAAUAACGCCGUUAACCCUGCGUGGCGUCAGACCGUUCUACAUGCUAUCCAAGCUAUCAUGUGGGACGAAGAUGCUGAUGUUGCUACAAUCGCCACUGCUUCUAAGAAGCUGACCAACGACUGGAUGCAAACGUGGCGUGACGUGAGCCCCGGUGCUGGUGCUUACAUGUCCGAGGCCGAUAUCCUCGAGCCAAAUUUCCAACAAGCUUUCUACGGCACGAAUUAUAACCGCCUGUAUCAGUACAAGAAGGCUGUCGACCCCUGGGGCCUGUUCUAUGCUCCUACAGCGGUCGGUAGCGAGAAUUGGGCAAUUAGUGGCCAGGUCGACGGCUUACCGACGCAGAAUGGCAAGCUGUGUCCCGCAUGA